CAGACGAUAGAAGCAUUCAGACUUCGACAGAGGUGCAGUGAGCACAGCAUUGACUUCAGUCAAAGAGAGCCAACAGGUGACGUGAAAAGACAACUUUGGGUCCGGCAUUUGGGAAUAUCGGAGGGAAUUUGGUGAAAGGCUGAAACUUCAAUAAGAAAAGGAAUGAUGACUCUGUCUUGGGGAAUAUGUUUUGUCUUUUUCGGAAUGAUGGUGUACUCUGAGGCCUUCCUCCCAGAGAACAUCAAGGAGUCUAUUGAGCAUCUGAAUAAUCACUAUGUAAGAAAAAAUCCCAACCCUGCCAAACUGUAUGAUGGACAUUCUCUCUUUCUAGACAAGCUGAAGGACAAAUCAUUUGAGGAGGGUGAACAGAAGCUCCUGAUGAUUAUUAUUCUCGAUGCAUACAACAGAAUUUUCACCCGGAUGGAGAAUGAGACUCAGGAUGAAAAGUUAAAGCAUGACUUGCACGAAGUGAAAGAACAAAUGAGCAAACUGAAAGCACACUACUUCUCUGGUAAACAUGCUAACAUCAAGAAAUAUGUAACUGAGCUGCUGGCUCUUAAGGAAAAUGACCCACGGAUCCAGAGCAAAGCAAUAUUUGAGCUGAAGUCUGUCUACAAUAAGGCAGCAAUCUUGGGGACCCAGUCAGCGGAUAACCACCGGAGACGACGUCAUGCUAAACGCUCCAAAAAGCAACAUUCCUAGCUAGAAAAUUAAUUUCUUGAGAAUGUUACCUAAGAGGUGCUUUACGGUGUAGAUUUAUUUAUUUGAAUAGAGUACCUCAUGUUCUAUUUUAUAUGUGAGACUGACAUAAUUUAUUUACAUUGUUAAAUUUGUAUUAAUUUAUUUGGGGAUUCUUGGUAUUUAUUUCAUGAAAGAAUGA